AGCUACAGUAUUAUAAAAAGAGAGAAAGUGCGAGAAAGACAGACCGAGAGAAAGAGAGAGGAGAGAGACCCCACUUUCCUCUUACUUCCUGUUCUUCUCAUAAUCUUCUCAUGGGCCUCAAGUGAAGGGCUUUACAGCAGCAGGGGGUGUACAUGCACACAGACGCACGCAUGCAAGCAAACACACACGCGCAAACAGUUAUUUACAGUCAGACACACACACAGUUAUCCACUAACACAUUUACGGAUAAUAUUGUAUACCUAACUGAAUUACUGAAGUCAGAUAUCCGACUCGGAAACCACUGAGAAUACCCUCAUUCUCUCUCAGCGAGUCAACUUUUACUCUUCUACUAACAGAACCAUCUUACCUUCCUUUAUAAACCACCAAGGACUUUGUGGUUGAUGUCUUCACAGAUAUAUCCAAAUCCUAUUACCCAAGAUCCAAGCCGGUAUUCUACUGGUAAUGCGGAGGAACACGUUAACGUCGGACAUGUGCUGUAGGAAAGGCUCCCGCAAUGCCUUACAGGAACUCUACAGCCCCACACAGUUGGAGUUCUCCAGUUCGGCCAUCCUCCACCAAGUAAGAAGAGACCAGGUAGCCGAGUCUUGUCGGGCCCACAGUGCCUCUAGCCGCAAGCGCCGGGUCCUGACCCCAGGUGACCUCAAACACCUGGUGGUGGACGAGGAGCAUGAGCUUAUCUACUGCUACGUGCCCAAGGUGGCCUGCACCAACUGGAAACGUGUGAUGAUGGUUCUCACUGGGCGUGGAAAAUACAGUGACCCCAUGGAGAUCCCGUCCAAUGAGGCUCACGUCCCGUCCAACCUGAAAUAUCUGAACCAGUACAGCAUUGCAGAAAUCAACCACCGCCUCAAGAGCUACCUCAAGUUCCUGUUUGUCCGUGAGCCCUUUGAGAGGCUAGUCUCCGCCUACCGCAACAAGUUCACCCUCAAGUACAACUCCUCUUUCCACCGCCGCUUCGGGACCAAGAUCGUCCGCCGCUACCGCAAGAACGCUACGCAGGAAGCUCUGCUCAACGGCGCCGACGUCAAGUUCCAGGAGUUUGCAGAGUACCUUGUGGACCCGGCCACGCAGCGCGAUGGACCACUCAACGAGCACUGGCAAACGGUUUACCAGCUGUGCCACCCUUGCCACAUCCACUACGACCUGGUGGGCAAGUACGAGACCCUGGAGGAGGACGCCAACUACGUGCUUCGGCUGACUGGUGUGGGCGAGUCGCUGCGCUUCCCGACCUACGCCAAGUCCACGCGCACCACCGACACCAUGACGGCCCAGUUCUUCAAUAAUAUCAGCUCUCAGCAGCAGGCCCAGGUUUACCAGUUGUACAAACUGGAUUUCCUCAUGUUCAACUACUCCAUGCCCAGCUACCUGCGGCUGGAUUAAUGACUGGCAGAACAGGACAUAACACUGGGCAAGGUCCAUCUUUGUGAAAUUGGAGAAGCAAAAAAAAAAAAAAAAACAUCUGACAGAGGAAAAUGUGAUAUUUUCUGCAAAUGCAAAACUGUCGUCGCUGUUUCUGUCAGGGGGUGGGGGGGUUGACAGGAAGGUCUGGAAGAGAAUGUGUGGGAGAGGUUGGGAAAACGGUGCUGAUCUGAUUUGAUGUGAACGAUUCAGAGCAUUGUUCUGAAGGAUAAAGCUGGAGCUGAUUCUGUAGCGUCAGAAUUCAGGGUUAGGUUGGGGCGGAUGUCUGAGAUUUUCUAUGAAGGGAUGUAAAUGAGGUGGGACUCUUGGAGAAGAAAAAAAAUAUGGGCUGCUUUGGAUUCUGAACAGCUACCGGCUGCCACAUAUGCACGUGUCCUGACCCCAAAGCAUCAUGGGAGCUGAGCUUAUUUUAUAACGGUCAAUAAUGAGAGUCCGUCGAAUUGUAAAACCCGUCCAUGCCUGUCAUUGUGCUGUAUCCUUGGUGUGUUUGAUAACACCAAUCAACCAUGUUUUUAUUAGAAAUCAUAUUUGAAAACUAAGCUCCAACUCAAGCCCGCUGCCUGAUUGCUGGCCUUUGACCUUGCCCUAAAGACGUCUUUACAGCCAUUGGCCCACCAUCAGGCUUAAGCAGUGGAGUUAAAAUUGUCAGCCAACUGCUCUAAAGGAGUCGCUAUGGUGUCAUGAUUUCCAUCAUGGAUGAAAGAAUUCCACACCAAGCAACUUACUGCUAACAUUAAUAUAUCCUUAAUACUGAGGUUUGUCCAGUAAGGCCUCAGACUCCCACAGCUGUGUGGGAAACUGGGUCAUUUUUGACUGACUAAGCACCCCCUAAGACUUUGAGCCGCAGGAAUUGAUCAGAAGGAUACAGGAAGUGUGCUUAUGAAUGGAUGUGAUUGACAGGUGCCUCCCACUGACAUAGAAAGGAACCCGAGAAAUGUUGGCCUGCGUGGCUGUGAAGGUGUUAUAGGGACAGGAUCUCAUAACCCGCCCACACCAUGCCCUUAAACCUGGGAGGGACCUAGUGGACACACCUCUCAUAACCCGCCCACACCAUGCCCUUAAACCUGGGAGGGACCUAGUGGACACACCUCUCAUAACCCGCCCACACCAUGUCCUUAAACCUGGGAGGGACCUAGUGGACACACCUCUCAUUGUGCCCACACCACACCCUUAAACUAGGGAGGGACCCAGUGGACACACCCACAGGCCACACUGAUCCCCCGCUUCCAUGACCAAACAUGUAUUUUAGUAAAUUAAGAAUGAUUUCUUUUUUAUCUUAUCACUUGUUAUUGUCUUAUGAAAAUAUUGCUGCGAGCAGCAAUAAUAAAAUAUUAUUUAAAUUUA